AUGCCUUCCCUCCUCUCCCUCCUCCUCCUCCCCACCUCCGCCGUAGCCUCCACCCUCCUCGUCUCCCACUUCGAAGGAACCCUCUACACCCUCACCCUCUCCGACACCUCCUCCCUCUCCGUCACCGGCCAAGUCUCCACGGGUGGCGGCAUGCCCUCGUGGCUCACCCUCGACUCCGAAGCCAAAAAACUCUACGUCACCGACGAGGCGUGGUUCGGCACCACCAAGCUCUCGACCUAUGCCGUCGCCGCCGACGGGUCGUUGACUAAGGAGGCUGAGACGCCGACGCCUGGUGGGGAGCUGCAUAGUUGUUUAUAUGGGGGGGAUGAUGGGAAGGGAUUCAUUGCCGCCGCACAAUACAACGGCGGCGCCGUCAUAAACUACAAACUCCCCCUCUCCCCGGCAGCCUCUACGCCGAUCCAACACCUCAAAUUCACAAUGUCCUCCCCAGGCCCCCGCCCCGACCGCCAGGACGCACCCCACAUCCACUCGACCUUCACGGACCCAACUUCCCGCUUCCUGCUAAGCGGCGACCUCGGUGCCGACGUCAUCCGCAUCUUCUCCAUCGAUCCGGCCUCGGGAAAACUCACCGAAUGUCCCGCGGCGGCCACGGCGCGCGGGGAUGGACCGCGCCACGGCGCUUUUUGGGGCCCUGCGGAUAGCGCAGAUUCGGAUGUUACGGUUUUGUUUACCGUUAAUGAGCUGGGGAACUCGGUUACGGCGUGGGAUGUAAAGUAUCCCGCGGACGGGGGGUGUCUCACCCUCGCGAAGAAGAAAACCAUCGGGACGUUGCCCUCCGGAAAGACCCCCCCCUCUGGCUCCAAGGCUGCCGAAGUGAGGGUGAGAGACAACUUUGUCUACGCGACGAAUCGCUUCGAUAAGUCGUUUGGGCAAAAUGAGGACUCCAUCGCCUUGUACGAGAUUGAUCCCGCCACGGGCGAUUUCGAAUUUGUCGAGAUUACGAGCGCGUUUGCGUCGUUUCCCAGGACGUUUGAGAUUAACGGUGAUGGGACGCUGGUUGCCGUGGGAGGGCAGACGUCGUCUAAUGUGGCUAUUAUUGAGAGGAAUGUCACUACGGGGAGGUUAGGCGGGAGGUUGGCGAAUGUGGCUGUUGGCCGGCCGGGGGCCGAGAUGAAUGAGGAUGGGUUGAGUGCUGUGAUUUGGAAUGAGUGA